UUCAACGGCAGCUCCUACAUCCGCCUGGCACGCCCCGUCUCCCUCAAGCAGCUCGUCGGUCUCAGCUUCCGCACAUGCGUCGGCGGGGAGCUGUUCUCGCAGCGGUUCGAGGGGUACACGCUGCACGUGACGGCGCUGUUCGAGCAAGUGGUGGUGUCGUGGGCGCGGCCGGGCCAGCCGCAGCGCGAGGUGGGCCUGCCGCAGGAGACGCUCGACAACCGCUGGCACUGGGUCGCGCUGCGCUACCGCCCCGAGCCCCUGUCCUUACUUCUUGAGGUCGAUAAGGACACACAGGUGAUAUCGAACGUGACAUGGAACCCGGAGCUGCUGAGCCCGGGCGCGCUGGAGGCGGGCGGCGCCGUACUGCUCGUGGGCAACCUCUUCAGCGGCUGCAUGCACGAGGGUCCGCAGCUCGAGUUCCACGCGCAGCACGCGCAGGACCACAACGUGCUCUUCGGAAACUGUCCCCUCACCACCGACCAAUGUAUCGAUAGGAAAGAUGUACUACGCAUUCCGCCCAAAGAUCACUGCUACAACGAGCCCUGCAUGCGCCACGGCACCUGCAUCUCCCGCCACGACAGGUACGAGUGCCACUGCAGCGCGCGCUACACGGGCAACAACUGCGAGGUGGACGCGGGAGACCCGUGCGCCUCCGCGCCCUGCCGGCACGCCGCGCGCUGCCUGGAGGACGCGCGCGGCGACUACGCCUGCCUCUGCGCGCCAGGCUACCACGGAAAGUAUUGCGAGCUGGAGGUGUCGCUGGACCCGCAGUGCGUGGCGGGCCCGUGCCGCAACAACGGCAGCUGCAGCGUGCCGGCCGGCGCCGACUCCUACGUCUGCGUCUGCCCGCCGGGGUACACGGGCCGCAACUGCGAGACGGACGUGGACGAGUGCGCGGCCGCGGGCGCCGCCGGCCUCGCCUGCCUCAACGGCGGCCGCUGUCUCGACGCCGUCGACGACUUCACCUGCGACUGCAGCGGCACCGGGUACGGCGGGCCGCGGUGCGACGUGAACGUGAACGAGUGCGAGGAGGAGCGCGGCGUGUGCGGGCACGGCGUGUGCUACGACACGUACGGCGGCUACGUGUGCGCCUGCCUGCCCGGCUACACCGGCGACCAGUGCCAGAAGAUGUCGGCGUGCGCGUCCGGGCCGUGCGGCGCGGGCGGGGCGUGCGUGGAGGAGAGCGGCGGCGCGGGGUACCGCUGCGUGUGCGCGCGCGGCUGGGCGCCGCCGCUCUGCGACGCGCCGCUGCCCGCCAGCACGCCACCCCCCGCCCCCGUGUCCGUCCCCGCCCCCACCGCCUCGCCCGCCGCCUGCGCAGACCUGCAGUGCCCGCCCCACUCGCACUGCCGCGACGCCCACUCCCUAGGUCUGCCCGGCAUGGUGGCGGGCGUGAUGGUCACCAAGCAGGUCAUCUGCGUCUGCGAUCUCGGAUACUACGGCGUGCCGGGGCGCGCGCCCAACUGCACGGGGGCGGCGGGCGCGUGCGAGGCGGGCGUGUGCCUCAACGGCGCCACCUGCACGCGCCUCGCCGACCGCAUCAACUGCACCUGCGCCCCCGGAUACAAAGGCGUGUACUGCGAGCUGGCGACGGGGACGACGGCGGCGGCUGGCAAGGCGCUCUCGGACCUGAAGGCGGAGCGCUGCGCCUCCGCGCCCUGCGUCCACGCCACCGCCUGCAGGGACCUCGUAAGCAUUAUCUUAGCAGCAGUAGAGAGCACUCGGUGUGCGCUCGAUGUGCUGAGCGGGGCGGAGUGCGCGAGGGCGUGCCUCAACGGGGGCAGCUGCGUGUCUGCCGGCGGCUGCGAGUGCCGGCCCGGCUACGGCGGCGCGCAGUGUGAGCUGCUGCUGGACUGCCGCGCGCUCGGCUGCCCGCACCGCUCCGCACAGGAGUGCGUGGAGCAGGGCGGGGCGUGGCGCUGCGCGGCGCCGGGGGCGGAGUCCGCGUGCGCCUCCUCCCCCUGCCACAACGGCACCUGCCUGGCGCUGGACACCGGCCUCUUCAGCUGCCAGUGCCCCGCCGGAUACACAGGAAGGUUCUGUGAAUCGGAUAAGGAUGAAUGUUCACUGAUGCCCAAGAUAUGUAACAACGGCGUUUGUGUAAAUGUUCCGGGAUCGUAUCAGUGUUAUUGUAAGCCAGGAUACACUGGUGACAGCUGCGAACAAGAUAUUGAUGAAUGUCUGUCGUCGCCCUGUAAGAACGGCGGCACUUGUCACAACUUAGAAAAUAAUUACGAAUGCACUUGCGUGGACGGCUUCGACGGCAAGGACUGUUCAAUAAAUAUAAACGAAUGUGAAAAUAACCCUUGCGCCGCCGGGUCCACUUGCGUCGACGGCGUCGCCAGUUAUUCUUGCGUCUGUCAAGACGGCCUCACAGGACCCAAUUGUGAAAUCGAUAUCGACGAUUGCAAGUCGCAGCCGUGCCAGCACGGGGGCCGCUGCGCCGACGCGCUCAACCACUACACCUGCGAGUGCGCCGGCACCGGGUACGAGGGCGCCGACUGCGAGCUCAACAUAGACGAGUGUCUGCAGCAGCCCUGCCGCAACGGCGCCACCUGCCUCGACGACCUCAACGACUACCACUGCGCCUGCCACGCCGGAUACACAGGCAAGAACUGCGAGGUGGACAUAAACGAGUGCGAGGGCGAGCCCUGCAAGUACGAGGGCGUGUGCCUCGAGCGCAGCAACGCCAGCCUGUACCGCGCGCCCGACGCGCCGCCGCUGCAGCUGGGCCCGCAGCCCCACAUGCUGCUGCCCGACCACUUCUACCAGCCCUUCUCCUUCGACAACGCCAGCGGGUUCGAGUGCGUGUGCGUGGCGGGCACGGAGGGGGCGCGCUGCGAGGUGAACGUGGACGAGUGCGCCUCCUCGCCCUGCAGGCACGGCAAGUGCCUCGACGGCGUCGGCUCCUACACCUGCCUCUGCUCGCCCGGCUUCGAGGGCGUCCACUGCGACCAGGAGAUCGACGAGUGCCUCAGGUACAAGCCGUGCGCCCACGGCCGCUGCUACGACCUGCGCGCCUCCUACUACUGCGCCUGCGACGCGGGCUGGGGCGGCCGCAACUGCUCCGUCGUGCUGGAGGGCUGCCGGGACCAGCCCUGCCGCAACCACGGCACCUGCCUGCCCUGGCUGCGACAGGAGACCGAGCACCGCUUCAACUGCUCCUGCACGCCCGGACACUACGGCACCACCUGCGAGAAGAUAACCACCAUGUCGCUGGAGAACAGCAGCUACGCCGAGGUGCAUACCUCGCGCGAGGAGGGCUACGACAUCUCGUUCCGCUUCAAGACGACGCUGGGCAACGGCCUGCUGGCCAUGGGCCGCGGCCUCACCUACUUCUUCCUCGAGCUGUCCAGCGGCCGCCUCAACCUGCACUCCUCGCUGCUCAACAAGUGGGAGGGCGUCUUCAUCGGCUCCGGCCUCAACGACAGCAACUGGCAAAAGGUGUUCGUGACCAUCAACUCGUCGCACCUGGUGCUGGCCGCCAACGAGGAGCAGACCAUCUACCCCAUUAGUCAGAACGAGGCGUUCAACGCGUCCGUCACCUCGUUCCCCUCGACGCGGCUCGGCACCGCCGGCUCCUCCUACGCCACGCUCACGCACGGCCCCAACUACUUCGUCGGCUGCUUCCAGGACGUCGUCGUCAACGGGCAGUGGGUGCUGCCGGAGGAUUCAAACGCCACGUCCUCGGAGGCGACGACCGAGGAGGCGCAGGGCGCGGGCGGGGAGGGCGAUGGCGAGGGCGAGGCGGAGGAGGAGGAGGAGGCGGGGGGCGCGCGCGCUGAGCUGCACGGCGUGCUGGCGUCGUGCCCGCGCGUGGCGCAGUGCGAGCCCAACCCGUGCCGGUCGGGCGGCGCGUGCGAGGACGCGUGGAGCAGCUUCGUGUGCACGUGCCCGCGCCCGCACCUCGGCGCCACCUGCCAGUACGCCUACACGCCCGCCACCUUCGCGCACGAGGCCGCGCCGCGCCGCGAGACCGUGCGCGUGCGCGUCUCCCCCGCCGCGCGCCGAGCUGUGCGCGCCGCGCUCGACAUCUCCAUGUUCAUACGCACGCGCAAGCCCACCGGACAGAUCUUCUACCUCGGCUCCGUGCCCAGGGACGGGCAGUCGGAGGAGACUCGGGUGGGCGCGUCGCUGAACGGCGGCGAGCUGCUGCUGCACCUGCGCUUCAACCUCACGCCGGAGAACUACACCGUGGGCGGCACGCGUCUCGACAACGGCUACCUACACCUCAUCGAGGUGGUGAGGAACUCCACGUUGGUGCAGGUGAAGCUGAACGGCACUGAGUACUUCCGCAAGUCGAUCUCGGCCGCGCGACAACUCGACGCGCAGGUGCUGUACCUGGGCGGACCGCCGCCCCUGCCGCAGCCGGCCGCGGACACCACGCCCGUACCGCCCGUGGCCGCGGCGCUCGUGGCCGCGCCCAUCUCGCCGCUGCCCGCGCCGCCGCCCGCCUCCUCCAGCCCGGAGCCUACCACACUCGCUCAGCAGGACGAUGACCCAGAUUACUUCAAAGGCGUUAUACAAGACGUCCAGGUGUCCAACGGCGAGAGCGUGUGGGUGGUGGAGUUCUUCCCGCUGGUGGCGGAGGGACUGCAGCUGCCGCCCGCCUUCGGCGAGGUGUCGUUCUCCGGCAGCGGCGUGAUGCGCGGCGUGGUGUCAGACGACGCGUGCGCCUCGCGCCCCUGUCUGCACAACGCCUCCUGCUCCCUCACCUGGAACGAUUACACGUGCGCGUGUCCGCGAGGCUACAAGGGUAAGCAGUGCGCGGAGGUGGAGUUCUGUCAGCUGCAGGGCUGCCCGCUCAAUUCGCACUGCCGCAACCUCGAUGGCGGGUACGAGUGCGUGUCCAACGCGACCUUCGACGGUGUCAACACGACGCUGAGCUACCGGCUGCGCGUGCCGCCCGCCUUCCCCGAGCGCGCCGCCGAGCGCCCCGCGCCGCCGACCUCCCUCACCAUCACCUACAGGAGCAAGACGGGCGGCACGUUGUUCCACGCCGAGCUGGGGGAGUCGCGGUUCAGCGUGGGCGCGUUCAAGGAGCAGGUGGCGGUGCAGUGGCGGCUGGGCGGCGGGCUGCCGGCGCUGCGCCGCAUGCGCGCGCGCCGCAACCACCUGCAGUGGGGCACGCUGCGCCUGCGCCUCGCCGACGGACACAUUACCGGUGCCUUCCUCGAGGCCGAGGGGGAGGAGGAGGUCGGCUUCUCGGCGCCGAUAGACGUGGCGGCGUGGCAGCGGCUCAUGCUGGAGGGCGAGCUGCAGCUGGGCGGGGUGCGCCGCCCUCGCGCCGCACCUCCCGCCGCCCUCGCCUCGCCCACCACGCUCACCUCCACCACUGCUCUAGCUGAGAGCGGCACCGAGGCCGUGUGGGAGUACGCGGAGGGUGACGACCUCAUCGUGGACAACCUCGUCGGCGAGUACUUCAAAGGCUGCCUGGGCGCGGUGCACGUGGGCGAGCUGCUGCUGCCCUUCUUCAGCGAGGAGGAGCUGUUCGUGGGCGCGGCCGCCUCGCUCCUGGCGCGCCAGCCGUACUACGCCCUACUGUCGGGGCGCGCGUGGGGCGCGGCGCAGGGCGUGGGCUGCGUGCUGUGCCUGGAGCAGGACUGCCAGCGCGGCGGACACUGCGCGGACGUGCGCACCUCGUACGCCUGCGCCUGCCCGCCCGGGUACGCCGGCGACUACUGCGAGAUCGACGUGGACGAGUGCGAGGCGAACCAGUGCCAGAACGGAGCGACGUGCAAGGACGGCGUGGCCGCCUACACCUGCCUCUGCCCCGAGGGCUUCGAGGGCGAACUGUGCUCGGUGGACGUGGACGAGUGCGCCUCCUCGCCGUGCGAGAACGGCGGCACGUGUCGCGACCUGCCCGGCGCCUUCGCGUGCGAGUGCGGCGCGGAGUGGCGCGGCGCGCGCUGUCAGACCCCCCGCGAGCGCGGCUGCGCGCACGCCCCCUGCGCCCCCGCGCGCGCCGCCUGCCGCGACCUGCCGCCCGAUCCGCCGACGGGUAACAACUACACCUGCGACUGCUUCGAGGGCUACCAGGGCGUGCACUGCGAGCUGGCCUUCUGCGAGGCGGAGCCCUGCCGACACGGACGCUGCCUCGUCGACGCUAAUCCGCCGUACUGCGAGUGCGAGGAGGGGUACAGCGGCCGGGUGUGCGAGGCGGCGCGCGACGAGUGCGGGGCGGGGGGCGUGGCUGGGGGCGGGGCCUGCCUGCACAACGGCCGCUGCCUGGACCGCCGCGGACACUUUCUCUGCGACUGCACCGGCACCGGAUGGACAGGCGCGCGCUGCGAGACGGACGUGGACGAGUGCGCGGCGGGCCUGGUGCGCUGCGAGCCCGGCCGCUGCCGCAACUUGCCCGGCUCCUACACAUGCGAGUGCUCGCCGGGCCUGUGCGGCGACGAGUGCAAGCUGCCCGACCCGUGCUACACGAGGUGGGAGGGCGAGGUGGGUGGGGAGGACAACGUGACGGCGCGGGGCGAGGCGGGGCCGUGCGAGAACGGCGGGCGGUGCGAGCAGAGAUGCGGGGCGCACGUGGACUACACGUGCUACUGCCGCGCGGGCUGGGCCGGCAAGAACUGCACGCAGCAGGCGCUGGACGAGGCGGGGCUGGAGGGCGGGGCCGGGGGCGGCGGGGGCGCGGCGCGUGUGGCGCUGGGUGUCGGCGGGGCGCUGCUGGCGCUUGCGCUGGCGGCGGGCGCGGGCGCGGCGCUGGCGGCGCAGGCGCGGCGCAAGCGGGCCACGCGCGGCACGUACUCUCCCUCCGGCCAGGAGUACUGUAACCCGCGCGCAGAGAUGAUGCACAACGCGCUCAAGCCGCCGCCCGAGGAGCGCCUCAUAUAGGUGCACAGCUCCGGGGCUCCCUCGUGCUCCCUCGUGCUCCAUCGUGCGAUAUAACACCGUCACAAUCAUAAUUACUUUGAUACUUAAAAGACUCGUAUUGUUAUUUAUGUAAACUUUCCGUGAGAUUUGUGUUGGAUUUGAUGUAAAGAACAAACUGACAAUGCAUUAUUUAGUGUGCGUUGUUUCUGCUGGACGCUGGGCGAUGAGCGUGCGUCAUAUCGCAGGGGGCGGCGC